CCAUAGAUGUGAAUUCAAACAUGAAGGAUGUGCAGCAAAUAGCAGAGGGUCUCUUUUUUCCCAAUGGUAAAUCCAAACAUCUAGAUCUGAAAAGUUUGGACUGUGAGAUUCGAGAUUUCGCCCACAGAAUAAUUGAAUCAGAAUGUACCGUUGGAGAUUUGUAUGAAGCAAGUAAGGUUAAAAUUCUCAGACUUUAUCUGUUCACAAAGUGCAUCAAUACACAGCAGAUUACAGAAAACUCUGUCACAAAUCUUGAAGCUCAUGUCAUGUUGAAUGAAAAUGCCCAAGAUGACAGCCAAGCAUCUAGCAGCACUAGCAUCAACAAAUCUCAAACAAUUGACCUCACAUUUUCAGAAGACUCUGAAGAGACCAGUUUCAUGUUACAUGAUCCACUUAAUAUUAUUGCCCAGGAAACAUCAGUCAUACAGAUUGAUAAUCAAAUGGAAGUAGAAAACAGAGAGAACCGUUUCCAAGAACAAAUGAUAGCACUGAGUCAGGAAAGUGAUUUAACUGCAGAAAAUGUGAACACAUUGCAAGUAUGGAGACCAGAGCCAUUCAACACCAAUUCGACUUCACAAGAUGUAGAAGAACAACUGAUCUCACCUGAUGUGGAAGAGACACCAUUUGAGGAAUCGUUUGAUAAUGAGGUCACAAUUGGAGGGGCUUCACGUGAGUUUGGAAGCUUGGAUGAUACAGUUCCAAUUGAGGAUGUUCCAAAGUCUAUUAUUUUGGUGCGAAGAGGACAAGUUCUGUGUGAUCUGAUGCAAGCUUUCAAUGACCCAGCAAUAAUGGACAAAGAGAUCAGUAUUCGAAUGAAACUACCUAAUGGGCAGAUUGAACAAGGCAUUGGAUCAGGUGUUUUUUGUGACUCCUUGACAGAAUUCUGGAAUGAAUUCUAUUCCAGAUGUGCUUUGGGUGCAGAUGUAAAAGUCCCAUUCCUCAGACAUGAAUUUCAGAGUAAUGAAUGGCAAGCUAUUGCAAGAGUAUUGGUCAAAGGAUGGGAAGCAGUCAAGUACUUUCCUGUUCGUCUUUCCCAGCCAUUUCUUGAAGAAGCUUUAUAUGGUACCACAUAUAGCAGUGUCCUAGGUUCAUUUAAACACUACAUAGCAAAACAUGAGCGAGAUGUCAUUGAAGAGGCAAUGGCAAACUUCAACUCAGCUGAUCAUGUCUCACUUCUUCAUGUUCUUGAUUCCAAUGAUUGUCACCAGCGGCCUACUGAAGAAAAUCUACCUCAACUGUUGGAACAGUUAGGUCACAAAGCUCUCAUUCAAACCCCUAUGUUUGUGAUCGAAUCCUGGAGACCUGUUCUUAAGGAUAUUGCUAGUAUUUUGCCACCACAAAAGCUAGCAAACAUAAUACAAGAGUUAAAAACCAACACCUAAGCGUGUGAAGGACAUCCUUGUUUUCCCUGAAGUCAUGACAGCCCAGUAGAGCUGCGUAUCAAGAUUCCUGAAAAAGUACAUUAUGGAAUUGGACGACAACACCUUAUUGUGGAGCACAUCUACCUUCUUACUCUUCUGCACAGGGGCAGAUUUGCUCUUUGGGAACAAAAUCACAGUGAAUUUCAUUGAAACAAGUGACUUUGAAUGUCGCCCACAAGCUCACACAUGUGCUUGCUAUCUGAUGUUACCUUUAAACUACCAGAACUACCCAGACCUCCACAGUGACUUCAAUGCUGUUCUUAACAGUUCAGUUUGGGUGAUGGAUGUUCUAUAAUUUUUGUACUGGUUGUCAUGCAGUAGCUGGAAUAGGAUUCGGCCUUUCAGACACCACUUUUAUCUAUAGUGACUCAACCGAUGGAUGUUCACAAACCAUGGUGUAAUUUGGACUGAAAAUGGAUAGUUGUUUCCAUUGUUGGAACAGGUUACUAUGUUUAGGGUGAUUAAA